GACACUUCCUGCAGUAAUGCAGUAGACCGCAGCAGUAUUGCAAUCACACUCAAAUUUUGAGGGUUCAAUGUAAUAAUGGAACCCUAAAAAGCUUUUUGUUACAAAAUUAAAAAUCUAGACACUUCCAAAUUAUUGAUAACCAAGUAUAAAAAUGUUGUUAAAAUACCCCUACUCUGACGGGAAUAAAUAAAUACUGGCAACAUAUUUUUGUAUAGUUGUUUGCGUUCCUGAGCGUAAGACACGAGCGUCGCACGCACACGUUGAUCGUGUUUCGGCUUCACUUUUGCCUGAUUAGCCGCAUGGCGACUAUCGGUCUUUGUGUAUUAUGUCUGUGGCUUGUCACUAAAAUGAACUGAGGAAAUUGUCAAAUGGAUGUAAUUGGAUCCAGCCAAAUUCAAAAUCAAAAUCAAAUCAAAAUCAAAAAGCAUUUAUUUCGUUAAAUAGUAUACAACAUAACACAUUCAUGGUUGGGACUUCCUAGUAAGUAUGUAUAAUACCUGUGACAGGAAGCCCCGCUCUUCUACAUUUGUCUAGUACAUUUGUACACGGUUAACGACAAUAAAGUCUAACAUUGUGCAAACGUGCAAAUUAAAUAUAUAAUUGUUAUUUCAGAGUAGGUGUCAAUUCGUAACAACUUUACAUAGUCGUAUCAUAUUAGUUGAAAUAUUUGGCAGGAUUUCAGCGGUCAUCGUGCCGAUUUUUAAUAAUAUUGUUAAUAUUCCUGAAAGAUUGUUAAAAAACGUGCUGAGUUUUUAUUUAUAAUGGUUCGAAGUUCCUUGUGUAAUAAUGACUUGUGUGAUCAAGGGCUGUAAAUCACAUGCGGGAAGAAAUGAAAAUACGCAAGAACCAGUAACCUUUCAUCGUCAUAGCCAGAUAUGCUCAAAACUCUUUACAUCGGAUUCUUUUCUAGCAAAUGAAAAUAUUAAGUGGAGGCGGCUGAAAGCUGGAGUUUUACUAACAUUACAUUUGACAGACACACUUUGCUAAUAUUUGAACAAAUAUUUAUUAUUGCAUUACCUAUCAAAGCAUCAUCAUCUGUAAAAAACGCUGGGUGAAUUUCCUAACAAAUAAUAUAUUCAUAUUUUACUUUAAGGUUAGUACUCCAGUGCCUAUGGAUGUUUGUGAUGCAGAACACAUAAAAGUUUCCAGUCAUAUAUUAUCGGAGUCAUGAAGUAACAUAGAUGGCCCCUCAAAAUUGGUAAAUAAUAUAAAAUAUAUCUCGCGCGACCAAUGAUGAUCCGUAUGACAGUUCAUUUUUAUAUGGAACAGCUGCCACGUCAAAUGUGUAUAUAUUAUCGCGACUAGGCUAGGAGGCCUAAUGAAAAAUAUGAAAAUAUGAUUAUCAAAAAAUGUUAUUGAAAUUAUUGUAAUAAAAAAUCAUAUUACACAAACGUUUUCUUUUAUUUCCCAUUUGGUACAUAAAAUAAGUAGAUUUUGAGUCGUGGACUCUAAAUGAGAUCGAUGCUACAUAAAUUCUCAUAUUAGGGUCUGUGCGGAAAGAUAACAAUCGUGGAAUAUAUGGGAACCAAACCAAUAUAUUUCAUGACUCUUCUCUUUCCGCACAGACUAUUUGAAUUUUAGAGAGAGGGGAAUGAUCUAAAAGGGAAUCAUACUUAUAUUAUAACAAUUAGAUAUAUGACGCUGACAGUUUCAUGUACAGUCAGCCAAGAAAGUCGUCCUUAUUUGCAUUGUGCAUCUAGAGUCUAAAAGUGAUAGCCCACUUUCUCAACCAGUAAGCCACUGUAAAUACAAGAUUGUUA